UUAAACAGCUAAGCAGUGCGAUCAGUUCUGGUUGAUGUGUACAUUGUCUAAUUUAUUUUUAGUUAUUGUAUUUAUAGAUAUAGAUACGGAGUAUUUAGUGAAGUAUUUUCAAAAAAAUCAGCUGCAAGUAUUUUGUCUAUUUUCUGUAAAACAAUUUGUUCACAAUUUUCUUUCGAUUGACGUUGAUUGAUUAGUAAGUGGCAGGGCAAAAUUACUUGUUGUUUGUGUACAUUAUAAAUUUGGGAAAUCACUAUUCUGGAAAUGGAUAGACCACAUAUUAUUCCUGUUGCUCAAGCACCGCCUCAAGUUGUAUAUGCUCCUGCACAAAACAAUUGUCCCUAUCCCAUCGGACCUCCAAGUGGACAUCCUGCAAUGCCACCUUUGCCGUUGUUAAGAACCCGACUAGAUCACGACCACAACAAAGCUAGGUCUAAUCCAGAAUUAUGUAGAAACAAUUCUGCAUCUCAUGUAUUGUCUUACGAUAGAAGAAGGCCAGGAAGACCAAACUCCAAUUCCAAUGUUUCUUCGGAGUAUAACUCACAUAGAAGAUAUAAUCCGGCACCAAUAUCAAUGCCUUUUCCUGAGACAGCUUUAGAACGCAGGCCAGGGAGACCACACUCCAAUUCCAGUGUUUCUACCAAUCGUAACUCACCUAUUAGAUAUCCUCCUGGACCAAUAUCAAUGCCUUUUCCUGAGACACCUUUAGAUCGGAGAAUCGAAUAUCCUGAACAUAGAAGUUACCCUCCUGAACCACCUCCAAGAACAACAUCGCAACUACCACCAGAGACUCCACUUCAAGUAGAGGAUCACCAGUUUGUUAGAUCUAUGACAUUACCGUCGAAUUAUAGAGCUAGAACUGCACCUUCCGCACCAUUGGCGUCCGAAGAAAAUUUUUCAUUGGCUGAUGGAAAUAUCAACCACGAACUACCUCCCCCCUCCUAUGAUGACGUAAUGCAGGAAAUUAGACACGAAAGAGCUAGAUCAAUGAUAAACCGGCGUUAACACUUUUCUAAAAAAUUUUCACAUAUAAAGUGAAAUGCACAAAUACUGUAAUAUCUAUGUGUUCUACAUUAAAUGAAAUAUUUUCAAAACUAA